AUUUACAUGUACUUAUACUGAUAUUAUUUUCUAUGACGAAAAGAGGCUCUCUCUUUACUAGAAUAUAUUUUAUAUUCGACUCAUAAACGCGUGAGAAUAUCGUUGAAUAUAUAUUCGUCAAAUUAUUCGUUUAACACGAUAACGAAAGAUGCCCGGAACUCCGAUGGAGCAGGACAAUAACGUGUUAAGGAAAUUGCAAAAUGAACGAUCGCCGGACGAACCGAAGAACGAAUCUGUUGUGCGUGAAAUAACGCAGACUGAUAGACUGAACAAGAAGCUGCUCGUAUCGGUUUUGGAGCGUAUGAAAAAAUCAGACGGGCAGUUCGAUAAGUUUAUGGAGGACGAGAGAGGAAAUUGCGAAUCGCACGACGAUAGUGACUUUUAAGACGACCGGUACACAAGGGAUCUGCAUAAGUGGUUAAAUUUAAUCGAAAGAUACUUUAUACUAUCAUGGCAGAUAUUCCUGAUUAUAGAGGUGAUGAUGAUAUCGUGGAGUAUUAUGAAAAUAAAGAGUCUGAUGAUGAGCAGCAUGGUAGCCUUGAAGUAGCAGGAGAAGCAACUUCCGAUAAUGAAGCAGAAACUGCGCGAAGAAUUGAUCCAUCAAAAUCUAAAACACAUACAGUUAGAAACCCUAUACCCAAACUGAACACAGAGCGAUUGAAAGGUUCCAAUGGUAUUCACACCAUCGAAAAAUAUUUUGAGGGUUUCAAGUUUUAUGGCAAAGGACAUGAGAAAACUGAUCUCAACAGGAUUAUGAAAAGAUUGGAACAUUGGUCCUAUCGAUUAUUCCCAAAGUAUCAUUUUGAUGAUUUUCUUACAAGAGCUGAGCAACUUGGGACAAAGAAGGAUCUACAGGUCUUUAUGAAAAGAUAUCGAUUGGAUAUGCUCACUUCAGAUGAUGAUUUAAUUAUCCAUGAUGACACGGAUAACGAAGAGGACCAACAAGAGAUUGCACCUCUGGACGACUUCGAUUUAUUGAUAACGGAACAAAUACAAAAACAAAAGCAAGCUGAAACUUCUAUGCCUACUGCGGUUCCGAGCACUUCUAAUGAGGAUGCUUUUGAUGAACUUUUGAUGCAAUCCAAUAAUAUAUCAAAUUCACAAAUACAAUGCACAAGCACUGCCAAGAAUGAAAUGAGCGACGAGAUAAAAGAAAUAAUCGAAAGAAAUAAACAGCUGGCUAUUCAAAGAAGACUCCAGAGACAGAAAGAACGCGAAGCAGGAGAAUCUAAGAGAGCAAAAUUAAUCGAAAGCACAAAUAUAGAAACUCUAAAUGAAAACAAUAAUCCUACAAUUUAUGAUGGGACUGAUGCGUCUCAGGUUGAUAGUAUGCAUUCACAAAUCAAUGAAAAUGCAAAUGAAGCAACUGCUAGUAAGUCAGAGGAAAUAUUAUCGAAUGAGGAGCCAAUAAACGACCAUGUUUAAGUAAAGUACAAUAUGUAGUAAUAUAAAAUUUUUGUUACAUCAUAUAUACAUAUAAGACUAAAAUAUCAUUUAGAAGUAUUUAUUAUAUAACAAAAAUUAUUGUUUUACCUGCAAUUAUUGUAGAAAUAAGUCAAAAUGUAGCUGUUAGAAUUGUUUAUGAAUAGAUAAAUUUCAAAUAAAUAAAAAUUUAUAUUUGCUUAUGUCAUA